CAUGGUGGUUCAUCCAAAUCAUUAAGAUCAUCAACAAGUUCACAUAAAGUAAAUCAUUUUAUUGAUGAUGAUUAUUCUAAUUAUGGUGAUGAUUAUUAUUAUGAUGACGAUAAUGAUAUAAUACAAGAUUAUCAUCUCAGUACUGCACCACUUCCUCCACCGCCACCACCACCACCGUCAUCUUCAUCGAAUAUUAUUAAUGCUCAACGUCAUCAACCAAGACGAUCGCAAAGAUAUUCAUCAUCAACAACAAUCGAGAGACAUCAAUUUAUAAUACGUACAAUACCAUCAUAUUUAAAUCUAUCACCACGUGCAUCAUAUCAUCGACUUAAUAUUAAACAUCCACCGAAUGAAAUUUGUCAACAUUCAAAUGAAUUACAUGAAAAACAUACUGCAACAUCUGGUGAUACAAUACUAUUAUGUUGUACAACAAUUAUUGAUGAUUCACAAUGGAAAGAUUCAUUAUCAACAGUAGAAUCUGUUACGUACAAUAAUCGUACAUCAUUAAUAAUGAAUCGUAAUAAAUCACCACAAUCAUCGACAAUUAAUUAUAUAAUGAAUGAUGAUUCAAAAAUGAAAACUGGUGUUGGUACUAAACCACCAAUACCGGUAAAACCAAAACAUAUUGUUACACGUACCAUAGGACAAAAUAUUAGUGGUAAAACAGUGAAAACAAAAACAAUAAUAUCCAAUAUGACAGCCAUCGAUUUUGCUGAACAAUUAAGUUCAAAGAUAAUACAAUCAGCCAAAAAAAGUGCCAAUCUAAAUCAACAAAAUAGAUCAUGUUCAAAAUGUGGAAUCAUUUAUGAUUCAUCAACAAUAACACCAACAACAACGUUGAUUAUACCGAAUACAGGAUUGACUAUACAAUAUUUUGGUGAAAGUCAUAAAUCAUUUUCAGAAAGUGAGCUUUAUUUACAACAACAACAACAAUCAAGAUCUAGUUUUAAUUAUUCUAGUCAAAACAUCAAACAGAUAUUACAUUCUGGAUUGAUUCGUAGACAUUCAGCAAUUGCUGAUCUGGCAGUUGAAACACAAUUGAUUGAUCCAAGUGUAUUUGAAACAAUUGCUACUCCACCACCCGGUUUUGAUGAUAAAGAUAUUGUUGAUCAUCAACAACAGCCAUGUGAUGUAAUGUCGUUAUCUAUUUCAUCAUCAUCAUCGUCGUCGUCGUCCUCUUCAUCAUCAUCAUCA